AUGACAGAAAAUUUUAACCAAGAAAACACUAAUCCUAAUCUUCAAAUUGAAGAAAACUCCACAUACCCAUUAGUUAAUAAUAUUACAUACAAAGAGCGUGUAAAUAAUCAAACGAAACGUAGUUUCAGUUAUGUUAUUAUAAAAGAAGGUGUUUAUCCUGAAAAAGUCCUUACUGGACCAAAAAGCAAAAAUUCUGUAAUUAGUAGAAAAAAAAGAUCAAUUCAACAAUAUAAAAUCCCACAUAAUUAUAUUGUAGAAACAACAUGGGGACGAGCAGCUAAUAAACGAACAGUUCGUUGUAAAAUUAAUUAUGUUGAUGGAAUACCUCAAUUUUGUAUUGAAUAUGGUUUUAACUUUCAAAAUGUCAUUUUCUCAACUAAAUCUCCAUCUGAUGCAGCGCUUAAUUAUGAGAGAGCUUUAAAACCAGGGACAAAGGCUACUAUUUCAGGUCCCCUUGUAUUUGGAUUACAAUUAAACAGUGUGCAAAAGGCACGUGAAGCAAGAAGAAGAGGGCAUUUAAUUAAACCAGCCAAUAAUUGUGUCCAAUCAACACUUGAAAAACGUGCUAAAAAAAUUGCAGAAAGAACACAAGUUAGUUUUAAUAAUAAUGUUAAGGAAAUUUAUCAUGAGUCUGAUAAAGUUAUGCUGAAAGAAAUUGAAUUCUCACUUAAUGAUAUGGAUUUUCAAGUGAAUUAUGGUUAUGAACAAGAAAAAAAAAAUCAUCAAAUUCAAUCUAUAGUAAAAGCAGUUGACCAAGGACAGAUAUCCAGAUGUUCUUAUCAAAAUUUAGCUGCUGCAGAAUAUAAUUUACCACGUUUAGGCUCUGUUUCUGAUGAACGCACUGCAAUUACUAAUUAUAUGAAUCAAAUAAUUAAAAUUUCAUUGGUUGACAUAAAAAAAAUAAAUGAACCUGAAGAGUCAAUAGAGUCUGAAGAAGAAGAUAUUGUGGAUUUGGAAAUUAUACAAAAAGUCAUUGAUACAAUGGGAAUAGGUAUUCGUCGUAGUGCAAAAGACAUUUUAUGUUAUAUUAUUCCACAGUUGCAGAAACAGCAAAUAUUAAAAUCAUCAGAUCCAACUAUUCAUCUACCAUAA